AUGUUAGAAUACAAAAUACAUCUUGUUUAUCGUUGGUUAAUUUCAGGAAGACGUCAAAGAUGGCCGUCGCACUUGGUUCUUCCAAUGAUGAUCCUCAAGGAAAACCUAGCAUCAGGCGUUAAGGAACCCAAAAUGGAACCCACAGACACUCAUUUCGGAUUUUCCGAAGAAAAGAAUUACGCUUGUGGCGAAUGCGGCAAAACGUAUAAAGUAAAGAGUUCUUUAAGCAACCAUAAGAAAUGGGAGUGCGGGAAAGAACCCAGGUUCAGGUGCCCGUAUUGCGAUUACAAGGCCAAACAGAAAGUUCAUUUGGUUCGACAUUUGAGAAAGUUGCAUAAGGUUUAUAAUAUCGACGAGCUGAACAGUAAGAUUUACAAUAUUCCUGCUGGGGUGGAUGAUGGAGCUGAAGAAUCAUGUAGUUCGGUUAAAAACGAACCUGUUGACGUUUGA